AUGAGAGUUUUACAACCGUUCCGCUUCAAGUCUGUAUCUGGGAAUAUUAAGAGAUUCAUUAGCAGUUUGCCACGGAUUGGGUUGGCUGGAGACGUCAAGACGUCGGAUAGACGCGUCAAGACGUCGGAUAGACGCGUCAAGACGUCGGAUAGACGCGUCAAGACGUCGGAUAGACGCGUCAAGACGUCGGAUAGACGCGUCAAGACGUCGGAUAGACGCGUCAAGACGUCGGAUAGACGCGUCAAGACGUCGGAUAGACGCGUCAAGACGUCGGAUAGACGCGUCAAGACGUCGGAUAGACACGUCAAGACGUCGGAUAGACGCGUCAAGACGUCGGAUAGACGCGUCAAGACGUCGGAUAGACGCGUCAAGUCGUCGGAUAGACGCGUCAAGACGUCGGAUAGACGCGUCAAGACGUCGGAUAGACGCGUCAAGACGUCGGAUAGACGCGUCAAGACGUCGGAUAUUCUCUUGACGGAAGACGCUGGCCAGAAACGGCCGUCAAGCGUGUCAAAUACCAUGGAAUACUGUCGAGAGAUCCUCACCCCUCCUGCACAAGGUCCUCCAUCAAGAGGUCCGAACACUUCUGCUGUGUUGGCACUGUCGAGGGAGUCCUCAUCUUCCGGCUGCAGUGACAACCAAGGGGCCCCUGACCCUCCGACAGAAGGGAUACAGGAGCGCCCGACGAGUUUGGCGCAUGAGAACGAGUUUGAUACAUCAGGGGACGAGUUCGAUGCAUCAAAUGACGAGUUCAACGCAUCAGUGGACGAGAUCGACGUAUCAAAUGACGAGUUCGAUGCAUCAGAGGAAAAGUAG